UAUCUUUUCCGGGGUCGCGGUUCAUGCAUGGCAGGUUAGCUGUCGUUUCAGAACGCAGCCAGAGUGGACAUUUUUUCGUAUUUCUACAAAAUUAAAACUGUCACGAUACGAAGUGGUGUUGUUUGUUCCGGUCGUUUUCACAGCUGUCCUUUCCACCGGAAACCAGAUCGGUACAUUUUUCAUUGCUCGGCUAAGCUAACAGGGUAACGUCGCUCUUUGAAAAUGGCGGACGUGACAACAGAGAAGAGUCUGGACGAUUUCUUUGCCAAGCGGGAUAAAAAGAAAAAGAAAGAGAAGGGAAAGGCCAAAGAGCCCGCGGCGGGACCUGUGGCUGCGGCGCCGCUGAAAAAGAACAAAAAGGAGAAGGAGAAAUCCACAAAGAGCGACAACCAGGACGCUCAGAUUGAGAAGGAGGAUGAGGAGUGGAAGGAGUUUGAGCAAAAGGAGGUGGACUACAGUGGGCUUCGUCUUCAAGCUUUGCAAAUGAGUGAAGAGAAAGAGGAAGAGGAAUAUGAGAAAGAAGACGUUGGAGAGGAUGGAGAGAUUGUUCUGGUGAGCGGAGACAAAAUAUCUGGGCCAUGGAACAAGUCUGGCGCUGCUCCAGCUCCUGCUGCACCCGUAGAGGAAGUGGAGGUGCCUGAAGCUAAGCCUGCUGGUGUAUAUCGCCCUCCGGGGGCUCGGCUGUCUACCAACAGAAGUCGUCAGACCCAGGGUCCUCCUGAGAUCUUUAGUGACGCCCAGUUUCCCUCUCUACUGGCCACUGCCAAGCAUGUGGAGACACGCAAGGAUAGAGAAAUGGACAAGACGUUUGAGGUUGUGAAACACAAGAACCGCGGCAGAGAGGAGAGCAGCACCCCGCCUAUGCAGCACUUGCAACUCGACAACCAGUAUGCCAUCCUUGGGGAUAAGUAGUAGUAGCCACGCCCCCUCUGACCCCCGGCCCCUCAGUGCGGUCAUGCCCUGCCCCCUGGUGGAAGCUGAACUCCAGCUUUGUGGACUUGCAGUCCUGACAGAGCUGCCGCCAUCGCCACACUGCUCAUUCCACACACACACACACACACACACACACACACACACACACACACACACACACACACACACACACACUCUCCCUUAAAUAGAUUGACACACUUCACAUGGAUUCGGUUGGCAGAAGUGAAGGACUGCAUCUGAUGGGGCUGCUGAAGGAGGGAAUAUUUAACAAGAACUCCACAAAGUCAUCUACACGUGCAGCACUGCGGCAGCGACAAACGACGCCCUCCUUUGUGGCUUGUACUCGGAGCAGCAGUUGUGCGGUGCAGCUUCUCUCUGGACUUCAAUGCGCUUUGAUAAAACUGCAGAGGAUGCAGAAGAUGAUUUUACAAACUAAUGAAAAACAACAACAAAAAAUCUAUUUUUUUGCAAGAUUGUUACAACCAAAUCACACAUGGUGUUCUGGGCGUGUGCAUUGCGGCGUUUGGGGAUACUACCUCAGCAGUACAGCUGGUGGUGACCAUGUGGGCGGAGCGUUUUAGCUGCGGUGGCGACCAGGGCUAACACCGUCCCCUCCCACAUGCAAGCUGUUAGAAACUUGAAGCUUUGUUUUUUUUUUUUUUUUUUUUCUUCCCUUUGUUGUGACAACGCUCUGCAAAGAACUACGGACAAGAAGUGAUGGGUUGCGGUCCUCAUUUAGAAUUUCUAUAUAAAGUGGCCUUACUGAUGGAGAGAAACUGUUGAGUCACCUGGAGAGAACUUUGCGUGUAUUCUCGUGGAGUGUUGCCUGCCUCUGGAUCUCAUCACUUUGUGAAACAAAACACACAUACAUGUGCAAAGAAAAAUGUUCUUGAAGAAUGUAGUGGUGUUAUAGAUCGCCUGAUAAUUACAGCUACUAACUCUUUUCAUAUGCACCGUUUGAAGUUAACACUGUUAUUUUCUGGAGUUUCUAAACAUCAGAAAAAAAGUGUAAUUUAAAACUCCUUUCUGACCCGACACAUUAAAUUGUAACGGGCGGGAAAAAUACAGUUGCAUGUUUGAUUUAGGUUACAUUUCCCCCAUGAACUGCUUUUCUUGUAAAAUUUUCAACCCGUCUUUUUUUUUUUUUUUUUUUUUUUUUUUAAUUAAACUGAACCUUUUCUAAUAGUCAUCCAUUGUCUCACAUUAUUACAUAAAAGCAGAGCAUUGUAAUUUUGUGAAGGGUUAAGGCACAAACAUGCUUGUUUUAGCUACACAAAUGUACGUGAGAUAAUUUUGUGUCCUGCAAAAAUCUCCCCAAAAUCUAUGGAGGAAAAGAUGAGUGUCUGCAGCACAUUUAGUGUUAGGAGUUUUAACAAUUGUCUCUUCACUAUGUGCCUCUAUAAAUGUUAGAAGAGGUGGAGCUAGACCUCAGUGAAAAUCUGGCCCCUAGUGGAUAAAUUUUAAAAUUUUCAACUUUGUGUAAGAUAGGCAAACGUGAAUGAAACUGGUGAUGUGUAUUCUGUAUUAUACUAUGUAGUGAAACUAAAGCAUGUUUGUGCUUUACAGUGUCUACUUGAGUAAUUUCAUACAGUCACCAAACCAAACAAUUUUUUUUUUAAAGCCUUGACUGUGGCCUCUUUUGUUUGUUUGGUUUUUUUGUUGUUUUUCUCCAUUUCCCUGAACUGGUGCUUUAGUCUCACUGGCUGUGAGUGAGGUGAAACAUCUUUUCACACAUCAAUCAGCAUCUGUCUUUUUUUUUUUUUUUUUUUUUUUUUUGUAGUGAUCCAGUCAGGUAAAAUCAAAUGAUUUCAAGCAUAUGAGCAUUUGAAGAAGAACCAGAUUUAUGUUUUAUGUUAGUGUCCAGUCUAUAAAAGAUGUUGGGGAUUAUGCUCCUUGCUGAACACUUGGUUUGAAAGUGGCAGAUAUUUGUAAUGAAGUGAGCUUAACAAAAAAAAUAAUAAAGUGGUCGUUGUGAUUGA